AUGGCUUUGGCCGGAUGUGUCUCGUUUGAUACUUUGCGAUGUAAAAAAGCAGCAAAGCAGAUUGCACCUAAGAAACUUCCCCUGACUGAAAACAGCUUCCAACAGCAUAUUCUACGCACUGCAUAUCAAUUGAUGAUAUGGAGGCAAGCAGAUGUCACCAUCCCUGAUAUCCCAGAACCAACAGAGUAUGGAUACUUUAGGGAAGCUGACAAUUCCUUACAGCCGUGCAUGAUGGAUCAGGAACCAACAUCACCGGGACUCAUGAAUGAUUUGUUGUCUUCUGUCAAUGGAUCGGAAAAACGGUUUCGCGAAUUUCGCCACGAGUUUUCCACCGAAACUUGCUCCAUCGAAGAACAGAUAGACGAACGAGUACGAGCUAGCGAACGGCAUGAACAAGUCGAAGUGAAAGAGUCGACAGUCAUGGUAAUUUAUACCGGUGGCACAAUCGGAAUGAAAAGUGAAAAUGGCGUAUAUGUCCCUGUUCACAAUUAUUUUAGUGAGAUGGUUCGAUUGAUGCCGACUCUUCAUGACAAAGAUUAUGCUGAAAAACUUAAAGAUAGUGACAUCUACGAUGAAAACCCUUUUGUUUUACCGUUAUCUCUUCAACAGCGCCGCAUCAUCUACUGGAUUUACGAAUAUGAAGAACUUGUGGAUUCCAGCAAUAUGCAUGUGACCAAUUGGAUACAUAUAGCACAGGAUAUAAAGAGAUCUUACACCAAAUAUGAUGGUUUUGUCGUACUACAUGGAACAGACACGAUGGCGUACACAGCCUCGGCACUCUCCUUCAUGUUUGAGAAUCUCGGCAAACCAGUAAUAUUGACAGGAUCACAGGUUCCGUUAUUUGAGCUACGUAACGAUGGUCGUGAUAAUCUGCUGGGUGCUAUUUAUUUAGCAGGUCAUGUCGCAAUCCCCGAGGUGGCAUUAUACUUUAACAAUAAGUUGUUCCGUGGUAACCGUUGCACGAAGGUAGCAUCUCACAGCUUUGAUGCCUUUGAUUCACCAAAUCUAGCACCAUUAAUUAAUAUGGGAGUGGACAUAGAAGUUUGUUGGGAUAGUAUCUUUCGGAGUUCUGCCACCGAAAAGUUCAAAGUUCAAGAGAAAAUGAAUACCAACAUUGGUUUACUACGGCUCUUUCCCGGCAUCACCACGGAAACGGUCAAGGCAUUUCUGCAGCCACCAAUGCAAGGAAUAGUGUUGCAGACGUAUGGAGCUGGCAAUGCACCAGACAACAGGAAAGAUCUCCUCGCAGCUUUUAAGGAAGCUUCCGACAGAGGGGCGCUAAUUGUGAAUUGUACACAAUGUACAAAGGGUACCGUGGUUUGCUCAUAUGCUACGGGAAGGGCAUUGCUGGAUGCCGGGAUCAUUCCAGGGUCUGAUAUGACAGUGGAAGCAGCUUUAACAAAAUUGAGCUAUGUUCUUAACAAAGAGGGUCUCAGCGUGGAGGAGAAACGAAAACUCAUGGCUACAAACUUGCGUGGAGAAAUGAGAGUGAUGCAGGGUAUUCCAGAGAAGUUAAGUUUGAAGGACAGCGAGUUCAUCCGUGGUGUAGCAACUACUUUGAAACUAACAUCUAGUGAGGAGGUUCGUGCUGUUGCUGACGCUUUGUUUCCAACAUUGAUGUGCUCUGCAGCUAAACUGGGAAAUAUAGACCUAAUGAAAGAUCUUCAAAAAUAUGGUAGCAAUCUUGACAACAAUGAUUACGAUGAACGUACACCAUUGCAUAUUGCAGCAGCUGAGGGAAAGCUGGAUGCUGUCAAGUUUUUACUGGAGAAUGGUGCUUCUGUGCAUGCGAGAGACAGAUAUGAUCACACCCCUCUUAUGGACGCCAUUCGGUUCAAAUUUGUUGAUAUAAUUAAGCUACUGCGACAAACUGGUGCGCACAUUGUCCACAUGUCACAGCAUGAAAUUGGUAUGCGUCUCUGUGAUGCUGCAUCUAGGAAUGAUGUUGAAGAAUUAGAAUGUUGGAAUCUAGCUGGUGCUGACUUGAGUACCCCUGAUUACAGCAGUAGAACAGCCUUGCAUAUAGCAAUAGCCAUGCAGAAUGAGAGCGUUGUCAAAUUUUUGAUUGAGCAUGGAGUUGAUAUUCACCACAAAGAUGCUUUUGGAGAGACUGGAGAGUCACUGGCUAAAUCCUCUGAAAAUGCUGUAAUCAAGGAACUGGUGCUGCCAGCCAAUAAUAUAACAUGA